CGCUUGCUUUAGGAGGGCACCACUAAAACAGUUAGAGAACUAAAAAUCGCGAUCUCGCAGUUGGUCUUGAAAGAAUGCAAUACGCGGACGUGUUAUGAUCGUACGUAUGAGGUCGAAUUGUUCUGUACGUGAGUGAAUAGAGUGCCUCAACCCUGAUCUCCGCGCCCUUCUGAAUCGUUGACAGUAGUCAUCGUGAUUUUCUGCGAACGAUUCUAUCGAUGACGUACUGUGGACCAGUCUACGAGAACACAAAAGUGUUGCAUGCUGCGUGUUAGGGCAAGAAACAAGGGCCUAUACUAUCGCGUUUUAACCAUUGAGGUGGGCUGCACCGACGAGGCUGUGGACGUUCCUAGAUUGGCGAUCACUACACCGGAGCACACGUCUGUUUACCUCGGUUGCCCGGGCAGAACUGACAACAGAAAUACACGAGAAUCCGUGCAGAGAAACCCAAUAGAGAUGUGUCAUUGAGCCUGAUCGAGCAACAACAGGCUGCAUAGUUUAAUUCUCUAAAUGAAAAUUGAAACAUCCCAGGAUAUGACGUAAAUAUUAAUAUAAAGAGUAACGGAGAACGGCACCAUGAAGAAGAAUCUCACGCCGUAGUGCGAUGUUAGUCACACAGACACCCUCCUCGACGGACAAUCUACCGAAUAUGCUGCCGGUACUCGAGGAGGAGGCGGAUGUCGAUGUCGACGACGCAUUCCCGCCGCACGUCGACACGACGAACAUCGUCAUACAGCCAGAGUCGCCCACCAGCAAGAAGCAAACGCUGAAGACCUUCAACGAGGUCAAUGCGCUUCUCCAGGCCGGCAGAAAGAGGGAGGCUAAGAUGAUCAUAAGGGAAAACGCGUGGCCAUUGAACAACGGGAUCAGAGCGCAAUUGUGGCCAGCCCUUUGCAACCAACACGCACAUGGAAAGAACAUGCUCGAUGGAUUCUAUUGGGACAUGGUCAAUCAAGUAUUUGGAACUACAGAGCUACCGGAAAAAUCAAUCAUGCUACCCCCGUUCGUGGACAGCACUCAUUGCCUGUCGUACCACCUGACGAGAAAAGGCAGGAGCGUUGCGGACAGGAUUGUGUCUGUGCUGGGAUACGCUUGUCCUGAUAUCACCUACAGUCCUUCUCUUUAUCCCAUAACGGCUCUUCUACUUCACUUUAUGCCAGAGGAGGAGUGUUAUCAUUGUAUGGCCAGCUUGGUCGCCGCUAAAGACAAGAUGUUCAUUACGCAAACGAAACUCCUCUACGAGGUUACUUGGAAAACCGUCGAACAAAUCACUAAAAAGCACGUGAAAUCAGCAGCGGUACAUUUGGCGAGGCACUGUUCUGGAUCGAGAGCAGAAAGAAUUUACAUGGAUUGGAUGUGGUGGAUUUUGCAGCUUCUUCCUUUCCAGCAUUUAGUCAGGGUUAUGGACUGUUUUCUUCACGAAGGCAUCAAGGUCUUCUAUCGUGUAGCAAUGGCUAUAGUUUUAUUAUUCUAUAAGCAUUCAUCGCUGCAAAAUUCUGAAUGGAUGAACGAAAUAUCGAAGAACGGUAUUGAUGCUGCUCUCUCGAAGUUUUGCAGACAAACACCGGUAACGCCAGCUAAAUUUUUACGUACAGCAUUUGGGAUACGUGGACUCAGUUCAGCAUACAUAUCAAGGGUAUUUUUACGCACAGAAAUGGCUCUAAAAAGUAAAAGCGUUAUAUCGGGAUCCAAAUCAUUGGCUAGAUCACGAUCCACAGAUAAUUUGCCGACGAGUCAGUCUCAAGUCAACAUUCAGAUGAUGUCGCACACGCUCACGAUACGAGAAGGUGCACACAGUCCUGGACCGCGUGCUCUGUCAAUGGGGGUUUAUCCCAUACAAAGCAUAUGCUCCCAGAUUCUAGACAUGCCUGAUUUAUUCACGUUAUGGUCCUGGCUACCUAUGCGGAUCACCAUGUAUCAACCAAUCCUAUUGUAUACAACAGAAGAGCAUGGUUGUUCUUUGACAACAUUUUAUGUAAGGGUAGAGCAACAUGAACCAACCCUCUUAAUGAUAAAAACAUGUAACAAUGAAGUAUUUGGUGCCUAUUGCUCCACAAGAUGGUGUGAACGUAACUUGAAAAAUGAUAAAGGACAAAGACAAGCUUAUUUUGGGACAGGUGAAACUUUCUUAUUCAGCUUGUAUCCUGAACGAGCAAAAUACCCUUGGGUGGGUAUGGAUUCUUCGCACAAUGAUUCUAAAGUCCAUCAUUCAGCUGAACUGUUUAUGGCGGCAGAUUCCAAAAUGAUAACAAUUGGAGGAGGUGACGGUCAAGCGAUAUGGAUGGAUGAAAAUAUAAGAUUCGGUAAAACAGAUCGGUGCUCUACAUUCAAUAAUCCACCCCUUUGUGCCAGCGGCGAUUUUGAGAUUAGGGUACUAGAAGUAUAUGGAUUUGCUGGUGCUUGAAAAGAAGACAGGAUUUGGCACUACAACGUAUCAGCUUAUUUGAUUCCCUACUGCCAUUUAGCGACUCUCUUCUAUACAUAUAGUGUCGUAUACAUUAUAUACAAGUAUCUUCGUAUCGUAUAUGUGCAAAAUUAUCGCGCUUUUCUAGUCGCGGUAUUUGUGAUGCAUCUUCAGUCGUUUGCGGAAUACUAGUAUUAUUAUAUGUGCAUGUUUCAUUGUUGAGGCGCUCUAAGAGGUUCUGUACCGAUUGAGAUUACAUAGAUUUAUCUCCUUCGUUUUAUUACGCUUGUUUGUUCGAUUAUUUGUCUCGACGUUUGCAGAAACAAUAAGACGAUUUCUACGUUUAUUGUGUCGCGAAUUCUGUAGCAGGACAUAGUAUGACAUGAAAUGGUUGCUAACGCAUAGAUCAUAGUCUGCGACAUGGUGAACAUCGACAAUAAUCAACGUUAAGUCAUCUUUAGUUAUGUUACAAAUCUUGAUAUCUAACAUGUACAUAUGUAAGAAAUGAUUGAUUAUUUACAUGAAUACUUAAUAUUCAUUGGACCAGAUGCUGUCAAUAUAUAUAUAUAUAUAUAUAUAUAUAUAUACGUACAUAUGCUGCAAAUUAAUUUAACGGAAUCUAUUGUUAAUUUUGCAGUUUAAAAACAAUGCUCGUAUACGUAUGUGUUAAUGCCUUGCAAUGUUUAUUUACUUUAGUAUUGUUACAACUAGCUUUAAUGAAUUGUUGGAUGUAGGAGCGAGACAAACGAAGGGAAGAGUACUGUUUAUAUGUUACAUAUUGUGUCUGUCACGCGUUAAUCGUAUAUGUGUAUAUAUACACUACAUACAUAUAAUAUGUAUGUUAAUCUCAUAUUAAUUUCUUGUAAAUAUUAUAAAUAGUGCCCCUUGCGCAAGUAGACACACACGCAACACAAUUCAUACACAUUCAUAUGUACAUUAACUUUAGUCGAUUCAUUCCACACUGACAUGAACGCGUGACGAUGAAGGAUGGAGUCCCUAGUCGUUUGUAUUAUAUACGCAUUUUCAUUAUUGUCAAAUGAAUCAACUAAAUUUAUUCUAUGUACAUUGACGAAUAUCGAGCCAGCGUUGUAAGAAAGAAAACGAAGAAAUAUAUUAAUGGCAGGGGGCGAAUGGUACUUUGAACAACGAUAAUGCCUUUUAUUUUUUAAAGAUGAUUACGUUUGAAGAAAAGCUAACGAAAAUGUUGGUUAAAUCGCGUGAAGAUUGAGCUGUUUUUUAAAGUGAAAUACGAAAAGCCAUAGUUUUCAUGUAGUAUAUUAAGGAUUUGUAUAUUUUAUAUAGAAUCAUGUCGAUAAUAAGAUAACAAUUAGUACCAGAUAUUGAAACCUAUAUGUACAGAGGAACAGUACGAUGAUUUUUUUUCGAUAUACUUUGUCGAUACACUCUUCGGGCAUUCUGAUGAAACGUACUAGCGUUACUAUCAUUAUUCUUUGUUUCUUUUUGUGAUCAAAUCUGUAUCGAUGUCGUACGAUACAUGAUUAAUUCUUAGAGUACCUGCUUCUUUGUUUAGUUUCUUGUUGUUACUUCUUUUUUCCUUUCUUUCUUUUUUUCUUUUUUUUUUUUUUUUUGAAUGAAAGGGAAAGAUGAAGAGUGAAAUUGAGCGUGCAUGGAAAAACUGAAGGUGUCGAUUUUAGAUUCCUUGGUUGUGAUGUAAAAGUGGCUGGUACCACUUUUGUCCGAGUGACAAUACAUAAUUAUAAUGUUUGUGUAGGAGGAUUAUGUAUCUUUCACCCCCCGUCAUAUUAUCAACUGUAAAAUAACGCAACAAAUAACAUGUGGAAAAUGUGUACGUUAUUCUUGAUAUGGCUACGCGUUAAGGAGGAACAAAAGCACUAGAAAAAAGGAGCCUAAAAAGAAACGUUCCAUACAUCGGCUGAGUCACCUCUUUCAGUUUUACAUUAAUAUAAUCAAUCACGUUAAUUAGUUUUCUUACAUCGACUCUUUAUACAAUCGUGCGAGACGCAAAUGCAAGAAUGACCGAGCAACACAACAAAGAACAAUCAACACAAUUCAAUUCUACAUAUUUGAAUUCACACAACACACAUUUGAAUACUAACACAAUUGAAUUCAAUUCUAAAUAUAACCAGUGUUAUAAUAUCAAAUUUAACUGCUGAAUCGUUUUCUGAAAUUUGUCUAACAUCAACGAGAUAGUUUAUAGUGAAACAAAAUAAUAACGAAUCACGUUCACUUUCCAAUGUUUUGUAAAUCUACGAUGGUACUCCCAUGGUUCACACAAAGUUAGCGAAAGUAAAAGAGUACACUGCUGAUCUCAACGAAAAGAUACACUACGAUAGGAUAGCGUAAAAAAUGUAUGUGUUUUACAUUACCAGAAAUCUUAUUACACUAUCAAAACGGAGUUGGGUUACUCAGUUUAAGCGUAAGAGGUAUCAUAUCGAAAGAUACUCGAGAAUAUUUAGGACGAUUUAUUGUAAUUUUAAAGAUAUAUAGUUACAUUUCUCAGAAAUGUGAAACGUGAAAUUGGGGUUAGGUUGGGGUUCACAAUUGGAAGAAAGAAAUAAAGCAAUCGACAGAAUUUAUGUGUCUUACAAACACAAUGCGAGUAAAAGUGCAUUUUUGUACAACACGUGAGAAUAGUUGAAAAAAGGAGAAUCUGCGUGUAUAGAGUUCCAUACAGUUAAAUUAUUGCAUUAUUAAUUUAUAUUUAUAUAAUUCAUAUACAAUCCAUAUGUUAAUUGUUUAAAUCAAAGUUUGGGUUUCUACGUUACAGAGUCUUUUUCUUAACUAUUCCAAGGUUAUUACCAGGAACGUUAAGGGUUGCAAAUGCUGCUAGUACGAUUAUCUUUUUUUUUUUUUUUGUGAAAUUAUAGUCGCGUGAUAACUGAAUGAGUGAAUAUUUAUUUAUUGUGUAUUCGUGGUCGAGAGAAAGGUAAUAAUAAUGUGCAGACAAUGGAAAGUAUUAUUAUUCAAAUUUUCUAACGUAGCAGAGCAUAACAUUAAUUUACGUUAGUGAGUAAUAUAUAUAUAUGUAUACAUAUAAAUAUAUUACAUAUAUACGUACAUACAUACAUAUAUACAUAUAUUCAUAUAUAAAUAUAAGUAUGCCUAUAAACGAUGAGGAAAGAAAAAUAAACAUAAUUGAAUGGAGUGUUUUCAAGCUUUCCGCAGUGUUGUUAUAUCAUAAAAUAUAUAUAUAUAUAUAUAUAUAUUUUAUAUAUAUAUAUAUAUAUAUAUAAUGUAAGUUAUACCGUUUACGAAAAAGAAAAUUGUUGCCUCUUGAUGCUACUUUAUCAUAUCAUCGUUGUGAAUAGAAUAUUGUUAUACACGAAUUUAUCGUCCCACUUACUGUUCCUCCCAUUUUGAGAAGGAUAUCUUACACACAUACAUGUGACAUUCUUUAUUAUAUAAAUAUACUGCAUGUGACCCAAAAAGAGCCAACAUGUAAAACUAAAGUAUAAAGAAAAAUCUAUUUAAAAGCA